AUGGCUCAGGCCGCAAAACUGCGGGCUUUAGCCCUUGACAAAGCCGAGUCCAGGAAGAAGCCGGAGAAGGAGAGAAAGCCUUCGUCGGGACACGGGCGCAAGAAGGGCAAGAAGAGGACCGUGACGAUGCAUUUCCAGGGCCAGGAUGAUGCCAAGAGCCUUCCAGCAGCAAGCUGGGACAAGGUUGGAUCCUUGUGUGCUAGUGUGCAGGAGGCACUGGACAGGUUCUACUCAGCCAGUGGUUUCAUACCAGAGCAUGAAAUCAAGAGGAUGCGGAUCUGUUUUCAGAGAUUCUCCUCGGAGGAUAACGACCUGUACCGUGGGCAGGUGCAUGAGGUGCUGACCCACCUUUGCUACGUGCCUGUUUCCGAGGAUAAGGCCACGGCCAUUGCCAAAGACACCAACGAGUUCUCCACUCUUGACUUUCAAGACUUCUGUGACUUCGUUGAGCGGUACACGCAGUAUGAACGUGAGGUUGUGCGAGUCAAGUUGGAGGAGUGGACUGCGCGGGAGAAGGAGGAGGAUGAUGAAGCGGACGCGAUUGCCGAAGUACGUGGCUUUCUGAAGUCGCUUGGCAUCAUCUGUCUCAAGGAUACCGCGCAAGAGGUCAUAGAGCUGGGUGGGAUGAGCGGUCGCACCUGUUCCCGCCCAGAGGAGCUCUUGCGGUGUCUAUCCGCAUACCGAGCCCUUGAAGGCUUCACGAAAGCGGAGAUAGAUCGGAUCCAUGCGAUCUUCCUCACCUUGGAGGCAGAGCCGCAGCCGAAAACUGCAGCUGACAUGCGAUCAGAAAGGCACAUCAAAGCUUCACAGCUUUGCGACGGUCUUCUAAAGAUCGCUGGGCUGUACUGUGCCGAUCACCUCCGGGAGCUCCUGGACAAGAUGGAGGAGACGAUUGAGGGGGAAAAAAUCACGCCUUUCCUCUUCUACGAGUUCCUGGUCUGUGCUCGGCGCCUCCGAGACGCCAUGCUGACCGCGGGCGCCGAGGAGUUCGACAAUCUGGACGCCGAUGAGGACGGCAUCGUCGAAGCGAACGAGCUCCGCGAGCUCUGCAAACCCCUGGGCUUCACUCUCUCAGCAGCGGAGUGGGACGAGCUGGUCGAGGAGCUGAACCUGGGGGACGAGGAUGUGGAGUUCCAGGAUGCCUGGGACUUCCUCCAGUCCGUGCAGGCAAAGAACGGCUUCACCGCCUCGGAGCAGCAGGAGCUCAUCGAAGCCUUCGGGCGCUUCUCCACGGUUUCAGGUGAGCUGGAGAACCUCAAGGUCAAGGACCUCUUGACCUACCUUGGCUUCGAGACGACCGUAGAUGACGUGCAGGACAUGGUAAGCAGAGUGGACUUCAACGGCAGCAAGACCAUGGAUCAGAAUGAGUUCUUGCGGUUGAUGCGACUGCAGCGGGAGAUCACCAUAGCAUCCUACACGGCGGCGUACUCUCGAAAUCGUCUCUUUGCCCACGGUGGGGCACCCCCGGAGGAGAUCGAGCGAGUGCUGGCCCUAGCCAAGCUGCAUCCCAACGUCCACAUCAUGGCCCAAGCCCUUGAGGUGGUCGAGGAGUCCGGGGACUACGAUCAUUCCACACAGUCCCUUCAGUUCGAAGGCUUCUUGAAGGUGGCAGAUUACUGUCGCAAGACCAUUCCGGUCUAUAACCGGAGGCAUGCCCACUUUCAGCUGAACCAGAUCGACGAGCUCCGAAAGUCCUUCAACUCGCAGGACAUGGAGAGCAAAGGCUUCAUCUCCAUCGGAAGCUUCUUGGGGCUCCUGGCCGACACGACCCUGGCCGUGAACACUGUCGCUGGUCGAGCCCGGAUGUAUGAACAGUUGGAGAGAGCUCGUGAGGCUGCCUUAGAGGCAGGCGUCAACAAGGAGGAGGUCGGGAAUCCCAACAGUCCUCGCGUUCGCUUCCUGCCGAUGGUCCACUUCGUCCACGAGACUGUCAAGAAUCACGAAGAUGCGGUCUUCGAGAGAGAGGAUGCAGCCUUGAAGGAGGUAACUUUCUCAAAGGAAGAGGUGCAGCAAUUCCGGGAUCUCUUUGCACAACUGGUUAAGCAGCAUGAGGCUGAGGUAGCAGCAAGCGCAGCUGCACGAGAGAGGCCUGCUGGGCGACGGCUUUCGGCUGUACAGGCUGCACAAGUCUUGGCGGAGGCAGAAGAGGCCCUGCGUGAGCAGCAGCAGAAGGAGCUGACGCUGGGUUCGGCGAUCAAGCGCUUGACGAAGGUCGACCGCGUUCCUGCAGCCGACAUUAUCAAGAUGGUGUCGCUCAUGGGAAUUCAGGCUACUGGACCCAUAAGGCAGCAGCUCUUCGAGAGGUGCAUGCAUUUCUCCGACAAGCCAGAACAAGGCGUGGACUUUCCAGGGUUCCUGCAACUCAUGCAGUGGAUGGUCGGCACCAACUUUGGCAACAUCCUCGCAGCAGCAGAACAGACGGUAAAGUCCGAAGGCCUCAGAUCCGAUGCCAGCAGAGCUUCAAUGGCGGCAGGGGUCAUCGGUCAGUCGUCAAAGUUUGGCCACAUGGACGUUGUGAAUGUGCGGUCCAGGAAGUACCUCGGCUGA